CUUUGCGGCACAGGGAAGAGAAUCCGUAACCUGGACAAACAGCAGCCAGACUUCAGUCCACAGAUCCAUCCAUCAUCGCUAUGGGAAUUAUAGCGUUCUUCUUCCAAAACGAAGCGCUUACCCCCUACUACUUGAAACCCGUCCACCCCGGGCAACAGACUAUAAAAAGGCGUCAGUGGACGAAUUUUGUGCACUGAGGGAAUAAGCCAGCGAAGGGACAAUACCUCACAAUGUGGGUGUCCUGUUGAUGCGGAGAUGCUGAUGCUCCACCUAUGAAGCCGAAAAGUAACAGAUGUGGACCUGGGCAUAUUUAAACAAGAGUGAUUCCAUUGGGACGAUGCCUGGGAAAAUGUCUAUGACUUGUUCGUUGAUGCUUCUGCUGGUCGGUGACGUCUUAACCCACACACUGACCCCCAGCCCGACCACAGAGAAGCCCUUGUCUCCUCGGCACUACCAACACAUCGACCCCGCCACUGGUAACAAGCUGGUUUGCGACAAGUGUCCGGCAGGCACCUACGUGUCCUCCCACUGCACAGAGGCCAGCAUACGGGAAUGUAGCCCCUGCCCGGACGGCACCUUCACCCGGGGUGAGAACGGAGUUCAGCAGUGUCACCGCUGUCAGAGAAGCUGCCAGGCCCCUUUUGUUGAGAAAACUCCCUGCACAUCCACCACUGAUCAGUUGUGCGUGUGUCCGCCAGGUAGCUUCUCCCUGGGUGGGAAGUGUCAGCACCACUCAUUAUGUCCACCGGGGUGGGGCGUCCGAAAGCGAGGAAGUGAAACAGAGGAUGUGCGCUGCCGGCCAUGUCAGCGUGGCACCUUCUCCAACGUGGCAUCAGAUGCUCUGAGAUGCCAAGCUCACUCAGAUUGCGCUUCUUUGGGCUUAACGCUGCUGAUUAAAGGCACAGAGAAGACAGAUAGUGUGUGUGGCCCAGUGAGUUCAGUCUAUGUCCAACUUGGAGAGGCCUCCAUUUCCACUGUUUCCAGCACUGAGUCAGCAUAUAGAGCAAGUACUGCAGUUUUACCAACUGCAGAGACUCAGGAUGUAGCCGAGCCAGCCCUAAGUAGCACAGAAACGGCCCUCGGCACCGAAGACAUUCCCACAACCACAGCUUCCUCCAAGGCUAGUGAGGAGGAUGGAGGACUCUUAAUCGCUGCAACUCAGGACCUUCCUAAAUCACAACACAAGCUCCCUGUAUCACGAGACCCACAGCUUGACAACCAACAGGCUGUGGAGACUCUGUCUGAGGGCAAGGCCCAAGGUUUGGGCUACCGGCCUAUCCGCAGGGGUUCGCCGAGGCCUAGCACGCACAAGCACUUUGACAUCAAUGAGCACCUGCCUUGGAUGAUAGUCCUGCUGCUUCUGCUGGUGCUGGUAGUGAUCGUGGUAUGCAGCGUGAAGCGCAGUUCGCGGGUGCUGAAGAAGGGUCCAAGACAGGAUCCCAGUAGCAUCAUGGAGAAAGCCAUCCACAAGAAGCCUAGCUCUCCAGUGCAGACCAAGGAGAGGUGGAUCUACUACUCAAACGGACAGGGUGUUGACAUCUUGAAGUUGGUGGCAGCACAGAUUGGCAGUCAGUGGAUUGACAUGUACAAGUCUCUGGCCAGUGCCAACGAGCGAGAGGUGGCCGCCUUUUCCAACGGCUACUCGGCAGAUCACGAGAGGGCGUACGCUGCCCUGCAGCACUGGACCAUACGUGACAGUGAUGCCAACCUGGCUAAGCUGAUCAAUGCCCUUCACCGCCAACGCCGCAUUGACGUGGUGGACAAGAUACGCAGUGUCAUGGAAGACAAUCCUCAGGUUGACCUGAACAAGCUAAUGACGGCUGUGAAUGUAAGCCAUUGUCUGAGCCCCAGCCAUAAGCCUUUAGAGUCGCCCGGUGUGGUGGUGGAGCAGUCCCCCAUGGAGCGCACCAAGGGAUUCUUUCCCGACGAAUCUGAGCCACUGCUGCGCUGUGACUCCACUUCCAGCAAGGACUCUGCCCUCAGCCGGACAGGCUCUUUUAUAACCAAAGAGAAAAAGGACACUGUGCUGCGGCAGGUGCGUCUGGACCCCUGCGACCUGCAGCCCAUCUUCGAUGAUAUGCUGCACAUUCUCAACCCCGAGGAGCUCCAUGUCAUUGAGGAGAUCCCCAUGGCGGAGGACAAGCUAGACCGCUUGUUCGAGAUCGCCGGGGUGAAGAGUCAAGAAGCAAGCCAGACGCUUCUCGACUCGGUCUAUAGUCACUUGCCUGAUCUCCUUUAGACCAUUACAGCAUCUCACUAAAGUGACGGACACACAAAUGUGCACUCACUCCGUUCCAUUGUGGGCUUCAGUCACGUGCACGCAAUUUUAAAACCUCUGGAAUGCUCAGACGGGAGUUCAUCUGCACACCAAGAGCUGCUCCUUGCGCUAGCAUUCAUAUAGCGUGAAUGAAGAGUUCUCUGGAUACAGCUGGUGUCAAUGCUAUAACCUCUCUAACAUGCAGCAUAUUCUUGCACACACACCUCAGCAUGAUGUCUAACUCAAAAAGCUAUGUGAUGUAAAUUAUAAACCGGUUUUGUAAAUUGUUAAAUCUACCAUUUAGUCCCUUGACCUUGUUUUUAUUUUAUUUUAUAAUUGCAACUUUUCAAAUUAACACAUCCUAAUUAGCAAGGUACUUUUGUUCCUUUUUUUUUUUUGUUCACAAGUAUUACUACUGUAGCUUGUUUAGAUCAUUUGUUGCCACUUUGUUUGUGUUUUAUGUGAUUUCAAGGGCAUUGAAAAUCAUUCCUACUGGUUAUGAUACAAAUCAUGACUGUGGAUAAUGUGCAUUCAUUAUACAACUCUUAAAAUAAACUCCCUUCCCAUGUGCUUCUCCAAUAAAAGAGGACAAAAACAAGUAUGAUUGCGAAGGAAUUUCACACAGGCUA